AUGAGCCAACUUUCCUAUGAAAAUGAACGUCUAAACAACCUAAUGGGUAAAAAUGUAAACAAACAAAACAGGUCAACUGUUCAUUAUUAUCUACUAUGCUGUGGUGAUAUACACUUUGAAGAUAUUGAAUAUAUGAUUAGACACGAGGAUUUAGAGUUCCAUGAAUUAACCCAGCCUUUAGCUUUCGAUUCAACUGAGGACCUGCAUGAACUUAUCCUGAAACCUGCUCCACAGGGUGUCACAAUGCAUUGUUGUAUAACUCGAGACAAACGAGGUGUCGACGGUGGAAUUUAUCCUUCGUAUUACCUCCAUCUCGAAAAGGAAGAUCGUAAAUUUUUCUUGUUGGCAGCUAGACGCCGUAAACGAUCAACAACUAGCAACUAUGUGAUAUCGUGUGAUGUCACCAAUUUAUCACGGGGUGCAAAGUGUUUAGCUGGCAAACUGCGCUCCAACUUUUUAGGUACUCAAUUUACUGUAUAUGGGAAUGAAUGUAAAACAACAGAAAACGAAAGUUAUAACCCCACAAGUAAGGUCCAUAGCUACGUUGUGCCUGGAACAAGUGCUAAAACCCAAAAGUUCCAAGAGCUUGCUGCUAUUAUAUAUGUAUGUAUUUCUAUUCAUCAAUAA